AAAAAAGUUUAGACACCUUUAUUUUUACUUUCAUUUCCCUGAACGCAUUCAAGUUUGGCAGCAUUUUUCAGCAAAGCAGUCCUACCUUACUCAAGGAGACACUACUUGGAUCACUUCAUUCACUGCACCUGCACCAAGACAACAUUAAUCUUCGUCAGGCUUCAGUGUUGGUGCUCAAGUUCUCCAAACAGUGAUGGCCUCCCAAGAAGCUCUCAUCGACUGGAAUACUGACCUCUUUGACUGCUGUGAAAGCGCCAGUACUUGCUGCUACGGUUACUGGUGCUGCCCUUGCUUAGCAUGCACAGUCGCAGCAAGAUAUGGAGAGAACCGAUGUCUCCCGUUGUAUGACAUCAUCAGCCCUGCCGUGUGUGUCAUUUGUGAGCUCCCUCUGUUUGCGCCGCCCGCCGUCUUGGCUCUGAGAGCAAACAUGCGAGCCAAAUACGGUAUCAAGGGCUCCCUCUGUAAGGACGUUGCCACGAGCUGUUUCUGCGCGUGGUGCAGCUGGUGUCAGAUGCACCGUGAGCUGAAAUACCGAAGAAAAAAUCCAACUGUCAUUAAUGUCUUCAACCAAACUGUUGUCUCGCAGCCUCCACCUGUCGUGAUCAUGAACCCAAACCAACCACCUCCUUAUGUUCCUCACUACUAGGACAUAUCAUAUGCAGCUAUGAUGAGAGGUAGACUUUUUUAUCUGCGGUAAGUCUGGACUUGAUCCGUGUUUCUUCUCACUUGUUUAAUGAUCAUCAUGACUUUGAUUACACCAAUUGAUACUAUAACAAUCCCUGUCAGAGAUUCAUUUUCAUAUUUGACAACGCUUCCAACAAGGCGCAUGCAGGAAUAGUUGUUAGGGUUAUAUUGACAAUGUUUUACAUGGUGUAUUCUGUUCUAUUAUUGUUUUUUUUUUGUUUCAAAAUAUGUUAAAGGUUCUGUAAAAAGUACUUUGUUGCGACUGCAGGUGUUGUGAAAGCACGACAUAAAUAAAGAUGCAUUG